AUGGCGGACAAAGGGAUCACCGUGCCACGGAAGCCCGGCAAGAAAGUCGAUAUAAGAUUGCCACGGCCGUUCCCAACGUUCACGCAUAAACAAAUCAGCGUCGUUCCCCACGCUCGCUCGCGGCCCACCCUCAAUGCGGGUCCGCGCCGAGGGAGGCGAGUAUCCCUACGGGUUCAUUGA